UCACUGAAGCACCGUUCAACAGCCAACUCGAGUAUCUGAAUGUGUUUACAUUGUGCAUCUGUUAUCUAAUGUUGCUGAAUUAAUAUUUCCACACUUUCGUUAAUUUCUCGCGUGAAAGGCAAAAUUUCUUCCCAUUGUUUCUCUGGUUUUGUUUAGCAUCAUGUCAAUGUUCGAUGAAAACCCAUUUGGAGAACCGACAGUUGACAAUCCAUUCGCGGAUCCAUCAGUCCAGCAAGUAACGCAGCAAAGUUCGAAUGUUCAAAAAGGAAUCGACAGCUAUAACCCUUUCGCUCCAGAUGAAUCAUCUCAAGGAAGACCAACAGUGGUCCGCGGUGCUGCUAAUCCACCGUUACAGACUUCCGGUUUAAAAUCACCAGGGCCUGCAAUAAUGGUAGCAACUCAGGAUACAUCCAGACCUCCACCAGCGUACUCAGCAUCAGGUCAACAAACGCAGAUAAAUCUAACAACGGAAGAAUUAAGGGAGCAACUAGUGCGUCGCCAAGAAGAAUUAGAUAGAAAAGCUGCUGAGCUAGAAAGACGUGAAGAGGAACUAAGGAAUGCUCCUUACAACGUGCGGCGCAACAAUUGGCCUCCAUUCCCGGACAACUUCUGUUUUCAACCAUGCUUCUACCAAGAUUUCUCUAUAGAUAUCCCUUUUGAAUUUCAGAGAAUAGUUCGUUUACUUUAUUAUCUGUGGAUGUAUCAUGCAUCUCUAAUGUGUUUGAACGUAAUAGGAGGUCUUCUCAUAAUCUUUCACAAGCACCAAUUCACUGUAUUCACCGUGGGUAUUGUCUAUUUAGUCGUUUUCACUCCAUUCUCUUAUUUAUGCUGGUUCAGGCCUGCAUACAAAGCUUUCAGGAAUGAUAGCUCAGUAAACUUCAUGGUUUUCUUCUUCAUGUUUUUCUUUCAAUUUCUCAUCACUCUCUCUCACAGCAUUGGGACAUCAGGCUCAGGCACAUGUGGAAUAUUUACUGCAAUCAGCGUUUACGAUUCAACUCCUGGAGGAAUAAUAACCGGCUUGUUUGUGUUCUUGAUUGCUCUCGGCUUUUGUUCAGCAGCUGCUAUGGACCUUAUCUUACUGUCCAAGAUCCAUCGCAUUUACCGUAGCUCUGGGGCAAGUUUUGCUAAGGCAACACAAGAAUUUACAACUGAAUUCCUAAGUAAUGAACAUGUCCGGGGUAUGGCAACAACUGCCGCAACCACAGCAGUUCGGUCGCAGUUCCAGCAGCAGGGUCAACCUGGACAACAGCCUCAGCAGCCUGAUCGACGCUACUGAAGAAUCAUUAAACUUAGGAAACAGGACUGUUGAAAAAGAUUGCCGUUUUUCAUGAUCAGGACUGUCAUGAGCUGCUUUCUUCUUCUUUUAUCUAUGUUUAAUCUGUUAUCAUCCUCUUUUCAUGUCUUGUAAAAAACAAGGUUAGAUAGUAUGAGGUGUGUCCAGAAAGUAUCCGAAUUUUGAUUUUUUAGAAAAUAAACUAUCUUAUCUAAUGAUAGGGAUUUAAUCUCUUUUAAAGUAGUCUCCAUUGACGCUGCCGCAUUUCAAACGUCGCACAAGCGGCCCAGUGUUUUUGCAACCUCUGGAAGUACCUGGAGUUGCUAUCAGUGUUUUUGUGCUGUCUUUGAUGUCCCCAAUUGAUUUGAAUCUUGAACUUUUCAUCAGAGUUUUGAGCUUUUGAAAGAGCCAGACAUAGUGGGACGCUAGAUCGGGGUUGUAAGGGGUGAGUGAAAUUUGAGUGUUGUUGUGCAUUGCCAAGAACUGUUGAAUAAGAUGGUAGGAGUGAGUGGCAAGUGUUAUCUUUUUGAAGUGUCUAGUCGUUGCUUGCCUACAAUUGAAGAGUUUGCUUGCAGAAGGGCGUACUGUAAAAUUGGUCUUCGUUUUGAAAAUCAGUCACACAGCAUCAGUGCAUCUUUGGAAACACACCACCAUGCUCUGACAAGUUGAUGCAAUGCUCCUAUGUGGAAAUAAAGGCCUAAAUGUGCAAAGCCACUUUCACAAAGCUUCAAAUGAGUUUGGCAAAAAACAAAUAUUUUUUUAAACAUGCUCUUCUACAGGCAAACUCUGCAAUUCAGAUUGUUUGUCCUUAAUGGUCUGGUAAACAGAGCAAAGUUUUUGGAUAAUUUUCUGUGUUGUCUGUCCAACCAAGGAGACUGUAUCCAUGAUAGACAACAUCACGAACAACAGCAGAAAACAGUCAGCAUGGCCUUGACAUUAUCGAAACUUAUCAUAAUUGAAACUCUCUUUUCAUUGCCUUUCAUUGAAUUAAUUGCAAACGCAUACUGAAUCAUUCAGAUAGAGUCCUAGAUCACUUUUUGUUGAGUUCAAAGCAAAAGUGGAUGCAAAACUUUUUCUCGGGUUUGGUUAUAUUUUGAAAAAGAAAUCAUGAUAUUCACUACUGAUUUAUGCGUAUUCAUCAAUUUUAUGCAAAUGACUAACUGAACGUGUGAUGGUGUGGCUGUGCAUUUGCACUCAGGGGAGUCUGAGCAAAGUUCAACUCAAACCUCAACCUCUAAUCUGUUGUUAAUAUUGAGAUAAUCCACCAUGUGGGAUACUUUCCCGACAGACCUUAUACAACAACCCAAGACUUAAAUUGAGCUAUAGAAAGCUAAACCUUUUUUUUCAUGUGGUUGAGCCCACGUUCUCCCUUGUAUCUGGUUAUAUUUUUCUUUUUUUCCCCACGUCAUUAUCAGAAUGUAAGAUAUGCACCAUGAGAGGCUUCGUAGACAGUUGUAACCAUUCUCUACUCCAAAAUUUUGUAGGUUUUUUUUUCUUUUUUUCUAUCUUUUUUUUUACUCCUUUAUUCCAUUCUCUCCUUUCCUCCUCCCACCAAUAUAAUCCUACUUUUUUCAAUCAUGUACUCCAGCUAACACAACAGAACAAACUGCAAUUAAUGUGUCUUUUCUUGCGUAUUAUGUACUGUAGAAUGCGACAAAGUUGCUAACUCAUUGUCGCCAAAAUUUUCAGUUAGGGGGUAUAGUUCAUUAGCUCUUGAUAUGAGGCACUCUUUUUAGAUUGACAGAAUCUACUGUUAAUGCAUCAGAAGCUCUUUAGUAAUUAAUUAGCUCAGGGUCUUAGCAUUUUUUUGCCUUGCCAAUGAACAAAGUCCCAAGGCUGGAUCCUAAAUCCAUAUCCCUUUACUUUGAUAGAAGAUCUUCGCUUGGAAAAUAAAGCUUUCACUCCUAAACUUUGCUUGCCCUAUUGAUUGUACUCGUCUAAUUCUGUAGUUUCUCAAAUUGUUAUUCCUAAUGUGUAUCAAUACCUAAAAUUUGCCUUUGUUCAUCACAUGUACUCUGAUUUUAAAUGAAGAGACUAAGCACAUUUCCAAAAGUCAAGGUCAGCCAGAAGCCAAAUCUGUCCUGAUCUUAGGUCAUAAAUGUCAUUAUUUUUUACAAGCUGCAUAGCGAUACAGUCUGCACAUUGUUUCCUUCCUGUUAUAAUGAUCUUUGAAGUAGCUCUAAAAGUUUCAAAGUGGAGAAUGUCAAAGGAAUAAUCCGUUCAUGUCUAUCUGUCCAUGUAUAUUUCACCUAAAUGAAUGCACAGUAUUCACAGUUGUACCUAAAUGUGUCUUGAACUUUACACAUCUACUUUUGUUUGCUUGGAAAGUAAAAGUUCAGUCCAUUUCAUCAUUAUCAAAGCACUGUAUCGUGAAAUCUACAAAAAUACCGUCUUUAUAUUAGGAUUUUUAACCCAAAGCAUCUUUUACUUCAAAAAAUUGCUGAUAAGAAGAUCUCUCUCAGACAGGGUCUCCAUCAUUGGUAAGGGUGGUCUAGAACGUAAGUAGGGAGAGGAUGUAUAAUGGGAUAACCCACCGCAAGAUCAUAGAUCCUUGUUUUCAACUGAAUUUUCAUGACUGGGGCUUAGAUUUUAGAUAUUAUAUGGACUGCAUUAUGUGCAUCCUUGUUCUUGUUCUUUGUUUGCGUAUUUAUGGUUUCCAACAUUCAGUCUAUUAGCGGUUGGGGCUAGCCUUUAAAUGAGUUAUCAAAUGCAGGAGUGCUAAAACUUCUAGGCCAUGUCACUGAGAGGGCCGCAAUUGGUAGAGCUCAAAAAGGGGCUUUAAAAAUGAAAAUUCAGACCAAAGCGCGCGCUUUUGCCAAAUCUUGGUAUGCAUUACAUGUUUUUUCCAAAAUCUUGGCAUUAAUAUGUAUAGAGCCAUAUUGAGGUUAUCUUUUUGAAAUUUUGAGGGAAAAGGUGUUUUUGAAAUGGGAAGGCCAAGAACUUUCUGCAUCUCUGAUCAAGCACCUUGAUUUCUGGAUAUUAUUCAAACAAUUUUUAAGUAUCUUCAGAGGUUACUGCGAUUGUUGGCAACAAGCAACAUUUAUGCCCCAAAGUGUAAAUUAAGACAUACAAUGAAGUUUAAAUAUCCUGCCAUAUCUUGAUCAGAAAAAGUGUUAUUGUUGUGCAGCUGCUAACAACAUAUAUUAUGUUUCUUGUAUCAGACUUUCCAGCUGUCCAAAUGACUAAACUAUUUUCCGCUUUCUCCAGAGAAUAAUGAAUUUACAAUGGUCAGAGGAUCUUUUAAUUUAUAUUGAAUAUUUUUUCAAGUCAGUAGUUAUAAAACAUUAUUAGGUACUGUAAAUAAAACCAUGAUGUACAGGUGUUUGAUACGAGACUAGGGGUACCAUUAUACUUGCAAACUUGCGUCACCUCAUGCAUGAGGUGUACUAUUAGCUAUUAUUAAGACUGUUCAAAUUUCAUGAUGUUGUCAAACUUCUUUAGACAAGAUAAUUUAAAUAAUUUGUGUCAAAGAGUUAACAUUCAUGAUUAGAUAUUUUAUCUUUUUAAUUUAUAAUUUCUUUUAUCUCCUAUCACUUAAAUUUUAAUUUCUUCCUGGAGUUCAUCAACUUUUAAUUAUUUUAUAAUAUCUAGGUGUAUUUCUAAUAAACUAUUGUUUCUACUGUUUAUUUCUCUAUUUAGUAUCUUUGUUCUCAAAUUUGGCACUAUUUUUUUUUUUCUUUUUUCUGUUGAUUCAAUUAUUUAUUUAUUUUUUUGUUAUUGUUACUCAAUACUUUAUUUUUAUAAUGCUUAAAGCCCAAUGGUACUAUUGAAAUUGUAAAAUUCCAAGACAUUCUGCAUCUCCAUCAGUUCAUCGUAUUUUACAAUGCGUCUCAUGUUACACUAUACAAUGGCCAAAGUCCAAAACCACAUAAAAUAAUGGUAUUUCAAAAUGUCUGCACUUUUAUUAUUUUUUCGAGGAGUACAAGCCAACUUUUUUGCUUGAAAUUUAUAUCGGGUAUUUUCUGCUAACAGAGAAGAAAAAUUAAGGAAGUUUUCAAGAAAGUUUUUCGGCUAGUUUUCUUGAGAAAAAAUGAAAUAUGACAAGAAAUUGCAACUUGGCAAACGGAGAAAUUUGAUUUUGCACUUUGGCCAUCACUAUUUUACAAUGCACCUUAUGUCAGCCUAUAGUUUCCUUCUGGCCGCUUGAGGGGGCUUUACUUUAACACUAGUGGUACGAAAUGUCUUGUUUCAGUACUAAAAUGAAAAAAAGCAUACAUAUAUAGCAGAAAAUUUUGAAUAAGUAUUAGUUUCCAUAUGCGAUAACUUAACUGUAAAAGGAGUUCUUCCAGACAGCUUUGAGCCAUCACUUCAAAUAUCAGGAAAUUUACCACACAAACUUCGCACAGAAGAAUAUCCUAAUUUAAAUAUACCAAAAACAAAUUGCCUGCAUUCACAUAUUUUUAUAAUUGAGCUGAAAAAAAUAUGAAAAGCUAUUAAGCACUCUUUUCUCAUGUGGUAAUAUGAUCCCUGUUAUUCUGAAAGAAAGAUGUCCUGUCAUAUUUUAAUUUACUCCAACUAAAGUACACCACAAGCAUUUAAAGUCUUCACUCUCAACAACCCUCUUAUAGCAGUGACUUACAGAGUCAAUUGUUAAACUUAAAAAUUUCAAGGGAAGAUGUAAUUUUAAAUUGAUGGCCAAAGUGGGAAACCAUGUAUUCUACUUUAUCUGCUCCUAUUUAAUUUUUUGAAGAAAAACAAGGCAACUGCAAGGCUUGAGAUUUUUAAAAAAUAUUCAGUCAAUUGAGGUGAAAAAUCAAGGAUGUUUUCAAGAAAUUACAUUGACUACGUGUCUAAAGGAGAAACAAAGUAUGACAGAAAGUCUGCAAUUGUUGCAAACGGAGGUACAUAAUUUUGCACCGUUGCCAUCAAUAUUUGAAAACUGCAAAUGUUCACAAAUCAAGGGACCUCCUCCUACUAGAUUUUGUAUGAAAAAAAAAGGUAAAAAAAAAUGAGUUUUACUCAUUACUAGAAGUUAUAAUUCUUUAAGUAACUUAAAAUUUCCAGUGAAGUUCAGUCAAUUUUUAUGUGGGAGAAAUAAUGAACUGUAUCAGGAAUUGAAAAAAUAGAAGCGUAAUUGAAACUAACUCAAAGCUGUGCCAAAUUAAAGUUUUUUUGUUUUUUUUUUUUUUAAAAAAAAUGCACCAAAAAAGAGUUGCCGAAACUGAUAAUAUAAGUGGUCUUCUUGUGUAUUAGUGAACCUCCCUCGAUGUUUCUGUUUUUUUCACAUUUGUUUCAUGAGUUUUUUACAACUUCCUUUUCUUGCAGUUACUGCUAUGAGGAAAUGACAGCAUCGAAAAUUUAGCACUCUUCAAGAUUGGAUUUUCCCAAAGUUCUUACAAGGCUCUGCUCAGUGUCCGAGCUGAUGGAAGGCGUCCAUUGUCAUGAAAAAUUCCUUAAUCAUGCAUUUUCGACCAUAAUCAUUGUGUGGAUAGAGAGCCAAAAAAAAAUUUGCAAGUAGACUGUCUCUUUUCUUAUUAUUAUUUUACGACAUCCUCCAGUCAACCGAGCCUUGUUGUAGAAUGUUAUACAGACUGUUGUUGUCAAUUCUAUGUUUGUUUGUUUGUUGUUUCAACAGCCUAAAUUGUUGGAAGUCAUGGAUGUUAAUGGAUUAAAAAAUGAAAAUAAAUGUCCAGCCUGAGUAUUCGGGUGAUUGCUUGUUAUUGUAUAUUGUACUUAAAAAAUGAAUCUAGUAAGGAUUGGAAUUGUAAUAAAAAUAUAAUAAUAUCUCAUCCA